AUGUUCGAUGAUUCUGAUGAGUAUAAUUUUAUUAUUCAAGCCAGAGAAAAUGCUAAUAUAAAAGAAAAUAUUUAUACAGGAGAAGUUGAUUUGACUACAAAGUCAGAUGCUGACAUUCUUAGACUGUUGGUUGCGUCUGAUAAACUGGAAUUAUUUAAAUAUGUUCAAGAUCAUUUGAUUGAAAAACAGACACGAGAUGAUUUGCAAAUCGAAGAAGCUGUUGCUUGGGAUUAUUUAAUUAAAUGGGGAAUUGAGCAAACUCUUAAUUUAUGA